AUGCGUCUGAUAAAGCUCAAAGACAACGGCGAGCUCGUCCUGACGAAUUUCUACAAGGACAUCCCCUCUUAUGCGAUCUUAUCGCAUACUUGGGGAGAUGCAAACGACGAGGUUACUCUGCAAGAGUUCAUGGAUGGUUCUGGGAAAACGAAAUCUGGAUACAGGAAAAUACAGUCCUGCGCGGCGCAAGCCGCUUCCGAAGGACUGCAAUACACCUGGGUAGACACCUGCUGCAUUGAUAAAACGAGCAGUGCCGAAUUAUCGGAGGCGAUCAACUCAAUGUUCAACUGGUAUCAGGAUGCAAUCAUCUGCUACGGAUAUCUGUCUGAUGUUGACGAUUUUUGGGGGCUGGACUCGAGUAGAUGGUUCAAACGAGGGUGGACACUCCAGGAGCUUCUCGCACCCAAGAUGAUGGUCUUCUACACCCGCAACUGGAACAAGAUCGACACUAGACUCAACUUGGCUCCCACUAUUUCUCGAAUCACGCGUAUACCUCCUGAAGUCUUCAAGAACGAUUUCACAGGAAAAUACAGUGUUGCUCAGAUUCUCUCUUGGGUGGCAGGGCGACAGACGACAAGAGAGGAAGAUAUCGCGUAUUGUCUUCUUGGACUACUUGGAGUCAACAUGCCGUUGCUGUACGGCGAAGGUUCUCGGGCAUUCGAACGUCUACAGGAAGAGUUUAUGAAAAGGUCGACCGAUCAUACUUUGUUCACCUGGCGGGGCGCUGGAACGGAAAGGGGUCCGCUCGCACAAUCCCCUGAAGAGUUACGAGAUUGUCGGGGCUUCGUGGAAGGGAAACAGGACUCAACGGAUUUCUCGAUGACCAACAGAGGUCUCCGCAUUAACUUGCCUAUUGUGGAAGGCAAAGGGGGAAGCCUUGUUGCCAUCUUGAAUUGUGUUGACGCAGAAAACCGUCGCCUAGGCAUAUAUCUGAAAAGAACGCGCCCUGAUGUGUAUCAUCGGAUUCGCUGUGCAGAUGAACUUCCCAUGAUCGAUAGUGAUGAGGAACUUCCUACACCAGAGACUCUGUACAUCGUGCCAGCGGCUCCACGUACCCUUGGUCGCGAUCGAUGGCAGCCAAAUCCGGCCGAGUACACAUUCAAGGUGGACUUCAGAUCAGUUUCGCUGAACGGCUUUUCUCUUCAGCAACAUUACAGCCCCGUUUCGGACAACCGUUGGAACAUUUCAGGCUCUAACGGUGGUUUCUUGGAAUAUACUGCCAUAGGAAGCGGCAAUUAUGGUGGCCUCCUGUUCAACAAUCUUGAGACAGGUGAAGAGUUUGUUGUGAUUGUUGGAAUUCACAAUUACAAAACCUGGUUGGAUAUUACCACUAUCGGUCCAAGUGAGACUUUCGAACACGCCGUGGACGAAUAUUACCACUUUCGCGAGAAGCACGAUGGUAACAAAAUUGCGUGCAGGUGUGAGAUGCAAUGGAAAGCAUUAGAUCGAAUGAGGAAAUCUCUUUCGCGCGGAAUGUCAGCUUCUGCCAUGAUCGAAAACGGUGAAUCAAAGCACCAGUUUGUAGUGAAGGUAUCUGUAGGCAAAGAAUGAAAACAUCAGCAAGUUUCGAUGUCGUCAGGUUCAAACAGCGCAUGUGUAGCCUAAGGAGGCAAAACAAUCCCAGACAGUCUUCAUCGAACAUUGAAACGUAACUUGAGCACCGU